UCAUUCGCAAUUCGCCAAAUACUUUAAACGUAUCGACUAGAGAAGUUUGCUAUUAAUUGAUUUUUUAUUUAAAGUUUGUCACAGUAAUGAUGUUAUUGUAGUGUUCUAAUAGGUAUAUCUAAGUGCGUGUUACCAUGGGAUAUGAUAUAGGAUGGAUAAUUCCGAGGCUACGGAAUCCAGGACGACUUUGGAAUUGUGCUAGUACAAUCACAUUGGCUGUCGUUGGAUUAUUUAGCAAGAUUAUCAUAGAGUUCCUGAACAAGACUACUGUGUACAAUAAGGAGAUCCUGACGCGCGCCGUGUACCGGCCUGAGGGAGUACCACUACUCACGGUCUCCAACCAUCACUCGUGCUUCGAUGACCCGGGACUCUGGGGCGUGCUGGACUGCGUGUCCCUGGUGCGGGGGUCCCGCAUGCGCUGGUCGCUGGCCGCGCACGACAUCUGCUUCACCAACGCGAUGCACGCCUACUUCUUCGCGCUCGGACAGUGCGUGCCCGUCGUGCGCGGCGCCGGCGUCUACCAGCCGGCGAUCGAGUUCUGCGUGGAGCGGCUGUCGCGCGGCGAGUGGGUGCACAUCUUCCCCGAGGGCCGCGUGAACGUGGACAAGGAGCACAUCCGGUUCAAGUGGGGCGUGGGGCGGCUGGUGGCGGCGGCGAGUGCGGGGGGGCGCGCGCCGCUCAUCGUGCCCGUGUGGCACGAGGGGCUCGACCGCGUGCUGCCCAACCGGGAGCCCUACCUGCUCAACUUCCGCAAGCGCGUCUACCUGCACGUCGGCGAGCCCAUACAGAUACACCAUCUGCUCGACAGGUUAAAACAAGCGAACGCCAGCGAAGAGGAGACGCGGAAGGCGAUCACAGAUAGAAUCCAGAACGAACUGCUGCGGUUGCGCGAACGCACGCACGCGCUCGUGCGGCGCGCGGCCGGAGACCUCGGCCUGCUCGAGAACCGAACCGACGUGCUCGUGAAGCCCGAGCCCGACCUCGACCACGACCACGACCACAACCACCCGCCGCACGCCAACGGCAAGCACGCCUCUCUCGACCAGUAGCCCCACCAC